UUUUAUAGUCCUGCACCAAUAACAUUGUGAUCAUACACGUGUGUACUAAUGCAAGGUUAGAAGUUGGAAGUAGGAAAAAAGGGUAGGCUGAAACUGAACCGUGCAUUCAGUGCCACCUUAGGUAGUGGAUAGGGACUGGCAGUCAGUCUACAAAAUGAACCCUGAACUAUAGCCUCGGUCUUACCCUACCACCCAUUUUUCUGUGUUGCCUCUCCAUGCUCGGUAGCGCUGGCUGCUCUGUAGUCUGCUCACGCUGCCUUCGUUCACAGUGAUUAUGACACACGCUGAAAGAACAUGUACACGUACAUGUACAUGCUGAGUUGACUCAUUCUCUCCCAGAUUAUCCCGUUGACGUAUUUUCUGCCGACAUCGACUCUUGACAAGCCCAGUUGAGGUACCGUGUGUACGACGGGGGCGGUCCUCAGGUCCAGCACGCGGCAACGGUUUGAAGGCUUGUGUGUCUACUGUCUACUCCAUCCAGAACUAGGGCCUAACACUGUACAGUACAUGUACAUCAUGUACUCGCUUAUGAUAUUGAGCACACGUAUGAUGGCGUGCGUUGCGUUUGGAGCGGUGGUGCUAGCUUUGAUUCAGAUCUCCCCUACUAGCACACAAGACUGCACCGUCGACGUGUUCUUCUUGGACUCCUCCGACACAGUUUGUGAACGAGUAAUGGAAGUAGAACUGAGUGGGUAUACGUGGCCUUCCUGCGUGGCGCAGUCAAACUUUCGUACUAAUCUGACUCUGUAUCGGGAUGGUGUUGAGCUCACGGAAAGAAUCUUUAUCUACCAGGGUGGAGACAGUCCAGAGGGCUUCGAGUCAGAGAUUCGUCAGCGGUCUACCGUUGGGCCUCGAGGUGGUACCAUGUUUGAGUGUUGCAGCACUUUCGUCGAUGGCCCCAAGGACUGCCUCGGGAACACGUCAUGCGCCUCCUGCCUUUUUGAGGUCACAUAUUAUGAACCUGCCAUCACCGCGUCCCCAGCGGGCCCUGUCCUCGAGGGCAAUGAUGUCACCCUCACCUGCAGCCUCGACAGCGGUUCUCCUUCUGGAUGGAUUAAGUGGCAGUACAGUUUCGAUCAGAGGUCCUCGACCGCGCUCAGUGAGCCGAUACACAUUGUCGCCAACCACACCUGGCCCCUCUUACGGUUAUCCCCGGACCAGGCUGGUUGGUACCGAUGUGUCAGGGCCAUCCAGCAGAUAGGGAAUAAUUGGAUCUACGACAGGUUUUCUAGUUGGAUUGCUGUUCCGGUUUACUUUGGGCCAGUUAUAGUCAAUGAGGACAGGACAUGGGUCGGUGCGAACAACGGCUCUACAGCAACCUUACAGUGCGUCUUCCGAGGCAACCCACGCCCCACGGUCACUUGGUAUGAUCUUGGUGGUAACGCCUUGACUGACGUCGCAGUACCACGAAGGAUGUCAUGGGGACAAAACAGUACAAUAAACGACGUUUUGGGAUCUCACAUCACAAGCCAUUUGACGAUCUAUCGAGUGGAUGCCAGCAACGAUUAUGGGAUGUACAGAUGCAGAGCUGCCAACGUCAAUGGUUCAUUCAGCGAUCUGGAAAUAGAGUUGAGAGAAACUGGAAAACCUGAACCGCCGAAGGACUUCCAAGUAUUCCAUGGUUCUUGGAUAUCAGGGGUUGGCUUCAGAAUCACGUGGGAGCCAGGCUAUGAUGGUGGCGAGGACCUGCAAGCUUAUUACACCAACUAUCGCGAGAUGUCUGAUGAAUUUGACGCACUCAGAUGGCGCCAGCACGAUCCAGAGAGUCGCUCCGCUGAAUAUGGGAACCUCACGCCCGAUACGCGCUAUCAACUGGCGGUGUACGCUACCAACAUUCACGGCUCCAGUCUGUAUGCGACUCUUAACGCUUGGACGGAGUCGGAUACACCAAGGGCACUGGGCAUAACGGUGCUGUACAGCCCGGCGCAGGAAACCAUUGUCGUCACCGGCAUACCACAAGACGACGACAACGGUACCUGCCUGCGACUGGAGGGCUACGACUACCGCGAGCACAUCGACGUGAGUCUGGCGCCAGACCUGGACUGCAUCCAAAGCGACGGCGAAUUCCGAUACUCCACCGAGUUUGUCAGGGAGGUACAGUCUCGAUACUGCCGGGACGGGCUGUGUGGCAGCCGCUCGGAGGCAAGGAACAUUGAUAAAUACCCCAUCACGUCUCCUCGACCUUCGACCACGGGACCCCCCGAUAGCGGGACUGACGGUAAAAUUGUCGCCAUAGCUGUGGGUGUGUGUGGUGCCAUUGCAUUCCUGAUUGCACUUCUUGUGAUCUGUUACUUCUGCAAGUGCCGUAAGAGCAAAAGCCAACAUAUGAGUGGUAAACAGUAUGAAAGCACCCCGACCAAGCCCGAGACGAGUGUUUAGGCAAAGCCAGCCGAUGUGGACUAAUUGACAAGGAUCGUCACCCAAUGAGUGCACACAUCAGAAUACAACAAUCACGUCUUGAUUACAACCAGACAGAUUCAUCUUCGCCUUCCUGCACGGAUUUCACAAAGAAAAUGACCAGAACAUAACUGCCAAGGGAGGACCUCGGCGUGAGCUGAAAAUAAUUUUACCGCCUUGAGUUAGAGUCCCUAAAAUUCUUUAUACGUUAUUUAAACUAUCGCGACUGAAUCCAGAGGGUUUUUCAUAAAUCUCGUCUUGGGGACGCACAGUCUACCUGUUGUGGCAUACUCAGCAGCCCCACUACAUGUAACUAUAUUCUCAUAGAUGUUGUUAUCGAUUUGCUCUUCCUAUGACUCGAUGCCUGUGAAUUGUGGAACGGUCUAGAACGCUUAGCACGCGUUCUAAGGUCACAUGAAAAGACCAGGGGAGUUUUAUCAUGAUUGCUGACGGUAUGGGUGUAUGUAGGAAUGACAUACUUAACACACCUUGGUAUGGUCGCUGUGGUCAGUUGUUUAUUUUCAUUUGCAAAAGAGAGAUGUUAUUUUUUUUACUGAAGACUAUUCAUAACUGGCAUUUAGACUGAAAUGCAUAUUGUUCAAUUGUGACCCGUAUAAGUGGCACUUUAAAAUUUUAUUUGUUCUGUCAACGGUACACCGUGUCGGAAUUAGGCGUAUGUAGCGCUUGUGGCUUAAGAAGUUUUUAAUUUGGAUUUUUUGCUCUGUUUUACGCAAAGUGUCGCGGAAAUACCUACAUAGCCAUAGACGGCAGAGCCCACCAUAUCGGAUGCGGCCAUAGUGAUAUGGGCAGUAGUAUGGGUUGCUAAAGUUUACGUUGGAAUCUAUUUCGUAUUUUACUGUGAGCUAUUGUUGCUCUUGAUGUGAAAGCUUUGGCGUAAAUUAUCGAUUUUGGCACAAAUUUAAUUUGUGCCGAAAUUGGGAUGAUCAGGAAAGGGGGGGGGAAUGACUUACCUGACUAUGAAAAUUUGAAACUGGGUGGGUGGGGGUGAUAUUGAUGUGCAUCUGUAAUGUGUUCAAAAUGGCAUACAUGUAGUUAUGGCUUUCUUAAAUUGAUUUUCCUCGUUAAGCGAUUGCCUUGAUGUCUCGCGUCCGGUUAUUACCCGGAUUAUCAACUUCUCCUUAGAAUCCGGUGUAUUUCCAAGGGACUGAAAGAAGCUUUGGUGCGUCCCUUGUUGAAGAGAGAAAACCUCGAUCCGAUUUAGUAAUUAUCGGCCGAUUAGUAAUCUACUAUUCAUUUCUAAAUUGACAGAGCUGUGUGUAAUCAGCUUUACUCCCACGUGUUGACAUUCUCUGUUUCCAGAUUUUCAAUCGUCUUACCGAAAGUAUCAUGGCACUGAGACGGCUCUCCUGAGGGUCAAGAAUGACAUACUGCUGAUAAUGAACUCUCAGCAUGUCAUUUUGCUUGUUCGCUUGGACUUAAGUGCUGCCUUCGAUACAGUUAAUCACACCAUUCUGUUGCAACGUUUAGAAUCUAAAGUUGGGAUCUCUGGUAAAGCGCUGGCACGGUUUUCAUCUUAUUUAUCUGGCAGAAGCCAACGUAUUUUUAUUCAGGGUACUCUCUCAGAGAAAUAUUAUCUAAACUGUGGUGUCCCUGAAGGGUCCUUCUUAGGACCACUUUUAUUUACGGUUUAUGCUUCUAAACUAUUUGACAUCAUUGAAGACCAUUUGCCUGAUGUUCAUCGUUAUGCAGACGACACACAGUUGUAUUUAUUAUUUAAAUCUGAUGACGCUUCCUGCCAAACAGCUCUAGCUGCAAUGGGAAGUAUAUAUUUUGGACAUUAGAAAUUGGAUGCUGCGAGACAGGCUAAUGAUCAAUGGUGCUAUUUGUGAUUAUCCUGAUUAUUGGAACCAGGCAACAGUUGCAGAAAAUAAAUAUUUCCAACGUCACAAUGGGCGAUUCUUUAAUCCCUCCAUCCACGUGCGUCAGGAAUUUGGGAUCAUGGUUUGACUCGGAUAUGACAAUGGACACCCACAUCACUAAGGCUUGUUGUGCUGCAUUUCUCCACCUUCACAAUCUUAGGUGCAUCAGUAAAUUCCUCUCUCGAGAUUGGCCUUCAGUGUUCAUUUACGCAUUUUUGACCAGCUGUCUGGACUAUUGUAAUAGUCCUUUGUUUGGUUGUCAGCAGCGCAGAUAAUGAGAUUCCAGCGAGUCCAGAAUGCUGCAGCUAGACUUCUUACGAAUACACCCAAGUUUCAACACAUAACACCAAUGCUGUUUCACCUUCACUGGUUACCUGUUUUGUACAGGAUUAAGGUCAAAAUCAUCCUGUUAACAUACAAAGCCAUCCAUGGUCUUGCUCCUAGAUGCUUAAUGAAUCUUGUCAUUAAUUAAACAAGGAGUCUAGAUACCAUCUCAGUUCAGCAAGCAACAGUCCUUUGUUAAAUUACCCUAAUGAUAAAAUGCUACCCACACUUGGUGACAAGGCGUUUGCGUGGCACAUACGGUGCGAGCAGAAUCUUGCCGUUUUUAAAUGUGAAGUGAAAACUUCCCUUUUUAAUAUUGCAUUUGCACAGUGAUAUUGCACUGCAAGAUUCUUGAUUUUAUUUUUAUCUCGUAAGGUUAUUAUUUUUUUAAUUUUAACGUAGAUUUAGAUGUGAUUCUUAUAUUUUAGUGUCACCGUGUCCGAUAUAAUUACUUUUCUUUUAUCGUAGGUAGGGCUAGAGGCGUCUGUCCCCAGGAAAGAUCGAGACAUGACCUAGACCAGCAGGGUCAGGUUCUCCCUGUUGGUGGGGCAGACGCAUCCCCAUACUGCGGUUUGGGUACUAGCGCGGUGACAUUCAUUUAUCCAUAUUCAUUUAUCCUCAUCUUUUCCUUUCUGAAAUGAAUUAUUUUUUACCUUAACUUGUACUGCGCCGCUUAUCAUUUUUAUGGAACAGCGCAUUAUAAAGUGUCUAUUAUUAUCAUUAUUAUUAUUUCAGUGAUAUUGAAUGAACUUUAAUCGUCGGAUGUUUAAACAGUUCGUCACAACCUGCUUUAAUUUACUACUAACCACAAAAGGUGGGGGAUGAUUCAAUAGCCCACCCCCUUCUAAAGGGGGAUAUAUGCCCCACCCCCUCCUUUAUUUACGCCUAUGUGUAAAAGUGUACAGUUAAAUGUCCACUCCCCGGCGAAUACCUCGCGUUGUUCGAACGUUUUUGGUGUCAGAAUGAUUUAAUCAUCCAUUCAUUUAGUUUAUUCCAUGACGGUUCAAAAAUAAAACGUGAAAUUUAUCUCCUCUGGUGUUGUAAAUAAUCAUUCUAAUAUUACAAUUUAAAACAAAGAAAUCUCUAUAAAUAUUGAAUAUAUCAAAUCAAAUAGAUUACAAAUAAUUUCAAUUACAACUACUAAUACGGAUUUUAAUCUGUUGGCAAAAUGAAAUAAAAACGAUAACUAUUUUCAUUUGAUAAAAACAGACCAUCUAAGAGAAAAAGCAGCUGCAAGAUUAAUUAAACAGAUGGAUCGUCUCGGGUAAAAAUGAGAACCUAAAAUGAUUUGUACGAGUAUCAAAGGCACGGUAUCUACCCAGUGGAAGAUUAUGCACAAACGAAUGUAAAGGAUGAGUGGGAUCCUGAAUAAAAUCCUGUAACUUAGUGAGACUACUUGCUUCAGCAAUGUGCUUUAUCAAUUUCACCUCAGAACCUAUUAUCUUACUAGUAGUCUUAGUGAUCCAUUCAAUUUUCUUUUGUUCUUUGAAAGUUAAGUUAUUGUACCAUGUAAUACAACAAAAUGUAGGUGGGUAAGUCGUCGUUAUCGUAGAGUCAAUCGUUUGAGUCAAUCGUAUCAGAGAUGCAGCUCUUAACAAAAGCUCAUGUACACCCUACAUUUGGUGUUUUGGGUGCAUUCGUGUCAGAAAUGUGCUUUAUCGGUUUCUCCUCAGAACCUUAUUAUGUUAUUAGCAGUCUUCGUGAUCCGUUCAAUUUUCUUUUGGUCUGUGACAGUGGAGUUAUUGAACCAUGCAUUACCAGUACAACAAAAUGUAGGUAGAGAGGUCGUCGUAAUCUUGGAGGUAGAGGUAUUGGGCAGUCGUAUCAAAGGUGCAACUCUUAACGAAAGCUCAGGUUUACCCUAGAUUUGGUGUUUCAGGUGUUUUCGUGUAAGCAUGUUGUCAGCAAUAAUUAGUAACAGUUUUAAAGUUUGUGCAGUGGGCUAGAGACUCCAAAUCAAGACAUUAUAUAUUUUAUCGAACUAAAGGUGUUCUCAGUGUUAGGUAUGCGAGACUCCUCAUUAAAUGUAGCUUAUAUUGAUUGGAUGUAUAUGGUACAUGUAAUGUGUACACGUCAUAAGCCAUCUUUGCAAGACUUACAUUUCAUCUGCUUCACGAAGAUUUACGUUUUGUAGUAUAGUAGGUAGUAUAGCCAUGGAGCAUUAUGUGUACACUGAAGAGAUGACGGAAGACUCAUCCUCGUGUUUUUUUCCUGUUCUUGGGCGUCUGGGUGGAGACAGUGUGUCCACAAGACCGUCUACUACUUUGGUCCCUGUGAUGAUAACGUGGAGAAUAUCUGCAUGGGAUAGAAAUGUCAAUUCAAUUGCUAUUUUUAACCCUUAAGAUAAUUUCAAUCAGGCUGCUCGUAUAGAAUCUUCAUUUGCUUUUUUAUGUGUAUGUUAUAAAGUGCUGUAUUUCGAAUGUUUGUUGGCAUGAAGGGGUGUUUGUGACAUUGAUUUAGUCGCUGCGUAGGUUUCAGGAUCAUUUCCUAAUUCGGAAAUUUAGGACCUCAAGUUACAAGUCUCAGGUUUGGGGUUUGAGGGCUACGAUAAUUGGUUUGGAGCUUAGGUGUCGAUUGCGUGUGGUUUUAGAAUGUUUUGUAGAAUUUGAAUAUUAGGAAUAAAUGGCUCAUUAACCUA